UCCACCUUCCCCUGUUGACCCCCGUUGACCCCUGUCCCAAGGAAAUUCGGUGCAGGGGACUUGUCAAAAGUUCCCUCCGUCGAAGGUCAAAAGGAGAUGAAAGUCCAUGAGCUUUUUCCCUCCUCUUCACCGCAUCCCACUUCAACUUUCUUUCCUCCCGUUCCCCAUUUUAUUCUUUUGCAGCAGCACUUCUUCAACCUCUAUCCCUACUUAAUUCAACAUGACUUCCAACGGCGUCAAGCUCGAGACCGAGGACCACUCCCGUGAUGCUGCCUUCAACAAGGCCAUGCACUUGGACUCUUCCAACGCCACCGGAGGAUGGAGCGCCAUGAUGAAGAAGGACAAGGCCGCCCAGAAAGCUGCGGUGGAUGAGUACUUCAAGCAUUGGGAUAACAAGACUGCAAAAGACGAGACUCUGGCGGAUCGAGAGGUAUGUAACUCUGUGGUGCCGCAAGUAUACAAGUACCUCCCUGCUAACAAUUCUCCCCCACCACAGGCAAGAAAGGCCGAAUACGCAACCCUCACAAGACAGUAAGCGGCCCUAUUUCACCUUUGGCUAUUCGUGUAUACUUACUAUCAACGUAGUUACUACAAUCUCGGUACUGAUCUCUACGAGAACGGAUGGGGACAGUCUUUCCACUUCUGCCGUUUCGCACAUGGAGAGGGUUUCCACGCAGCCAUUGCCAGACACGAACAUUACCUCGCUGCCAAGAUUGGAAUUAAGGAUGGAGACAGAGUCCUCGAUGUAGGAUGUGGUGUUGGUGGACCAGCAAGAGAAAUCGCCAAGUUCACAGGUGCUCAUAUCACUGGAUUGAACAACAACGAUUAUCAAAUUGAGCGUGCCACUCGAUAUGCCGCAAAGGAGCACCUCUCCAACCAAUUGACCUUUGUCAAGGGUGAUUUCAUGGUGAGUCUUUCCCAAUGGCAUAAUUUGAAGUUAUUCUAAUACCUGGCAGCAAAUGGCCUUCCCUGCAGAAAGUUUCGACGCUGUCUAUGCCAUUGAAGCCACCGUCCAUGCCCCAAGUCUCGAGGGUGUCUACUCACAAAUCUUCCGCGUUCUUAAGCCAGGUGGUGUCUUUGGUGUCUAUGAAUGGCUUAUGACCGACAACUACGACAACAACAACGAGCACCACCGCGAAAUCCGUCUUGGUAUCGAGGAAGGUGACGGAAUCUCCAACAUGGUCAAGAUUUCCGAGGGUAUUGCCGCCAUCAAGGCUGCCGGUUUUGAGCUCGAGCUUCACGAGGAUUUGGCCAAGAGACCUGAUGCUACUCCUUGGUACUACCCUAUUGCUGGUGACUUUAAGUACAUGGGUUCAUACUGGGAUUUCUUCACUAUUGCCAGAAUGACCAAGCUUGGUCGUGGAAUCGUCCACAAGUUCGUUGGUGCGCUGGAGAUGGUUGGUAUUGCUCCAGGUGGAACACAGAAGACUGCGGAUAGUUUGGCAAAGGCUGCUGAUUGUUUGGUUGCUGGUGCCAAGGAAGAUCUUUUUACGCCUAUGUACUUGAUGAUUGCACGAAAACCUCUCGACAAGUAAAUGAUCUUGUCUGAAGGCUGUGGUUCUGGAAAAAUUCCAUUCAUGAAAGGAAUGGACUCAAUUAGGGAAAUGGUCCUGCUAUCGGAGUUGGGGGGACAAGACUUUGUACAUUGAAUGAUGGUGGUUCCAUCAUAGCCAUCGUGGACGGGGCUUGUUUGUGUAUAGAAAGGAAGCUCGCGUCCAUUGAUGAUGAGG